GAGCGAAGCAGUCUCGCUGAGAACCACACCUGCUCUUAACGCACUUAAAACAAAACGCCGCCACCCCUCACCCUUUCUAUUAAAGAAGGAACCUAAAGUUUCACUUCCAGUGAUCCGAUCUCAGCGCUCGAAUCGGCUCAAAGUAACAAGAAGAUACGGAGAAGCCUUCUUCCUCAUUGAAAGUUACUGCGUCUCUUUUUGUGAUGCAACGGCAGGUAAUUCCCUGCAAAUUGGCUCCUGUUGUGUUCUAGCGACGCACGAUGAGAAUCGUUCCAUUCACAAAUGCGGACAAACAGCAAUCACAACAUUUCUGAGCUCAAAGGGAUCCGCCCACCGCACUUAUGUGGCUCUGAAAUGCACGGUGACGUUUAGACCAGGAGUUAUUUGAGGAAGACGAGGUGACUCACCUGCACUGGAUUUCACCUGGACGGUAAGUCUUCACUGACGUUUCCCUGAAACGCAGCGUGCCAUUGGGAUUUCGUACGUCUAGGCAAACUUUCAGAAACCUCGAAAAGUGCAUGAAGUCGAGCAAGAUUUCGGAGAGUCCUGUGAGAAUAGGACAUUUGCUCAAGAAAAAACUAAUCGGAGAAGCAGAACACUUCAUCAAAAGACUAAAACCGUGAUCAUCAAGUGACUGCUGUCAGUAGAAAUUUCCAAUUUCCGAGAAGAUCUACUUAGCGUUCCCCAUGAUGGCAGUAGAACACGGUGACCCUUGCACUGGGCCAGAAGCCAACUUUUGCAUGAAUGGAGGAACAUGCUUUAAAAUACCCUUGGUGUCCACUCCCACGUGUGUCUGCAGCGCCAGCUAUGAGGGCAGCAGAUGUGAGCAGUUCCAGCUGUUCAGUUUCUCCCGGGACAGUGAGGAGAAGGGCAUGAUCGCUGCUGUGGUCAUCGUCGCCCUCCUCAUCCUGGUGGUGCUUGCUGUGGUCAUCUACUACAUCUGCAAAAUAAAGAGAAAACCCCGGAACCAAGCCAAACCCGAGGAGUACUGGAGAGUCCGGUCCAACAGUCAGACGGUGUGACUCCGCUCUUAAAACACAUGAAUCGUGAACUCGACAGCUUUACCUGCUAACAUCGACCCCUUGUGGAGAUCUCGAAGUCAAUGUGAAAAUCUGUCACUCUCUCAAAAUAUCUUUCUUAAUGUUCGUAGAUUUUGUAAAUAGUUUCUGUCGGUUAAAACGCCUUAAUUUAAAUACGUAACAAGGAUGCAGAUCGUUUACGCGCCAGCUGUUACCAUGCCAGAUGUUUAAUGGAAAGCAAAACAUUUCAAAACGAGCAUCCUCAGCCUAGAUUUUAGUUUAAAGUAGAUAGACUUGAUAAUAUAUAACAUGAUGGUCAUGUGUGCCGUGUACAUACAUUUUUACACUGUGCUGUUUUUGUUUUGGAUGAAACUUUGAUUAUACUCAUUCCUUUUUUAUUAUAAUCCGCUGGAUCACACUGGUAGAUUUUUUUUUAUUAUUAAAUGUAAGUAACAACAACAUGCUCAAUCAUUAAAACACUCCACCGGACUGGAUAUACAAUCAUUUUAUAAAAUAUAUUGGGACAAUAGUCAAACCUUUACAUAACCGAACACGUUCAUGUCAUAUAAUCAUGUUAUUUUUUCUGCAGUAUGUGUAUACUGUUUACAAUAUGCAUGUUUUUGCAUGUCCAGUACCUAGAUGAACUGUCUGAAUACACUUUAUACAGCAGAGCACAGGUCAUGCAUAAUGUGUCCCAAAAUGCAAUGUGAUUCCAGUGAGAUGAAUGAAGAUGUAUAAAUAUUAACAAAAGUUUGACCCGUGUUUUCUUCUCACUAUGUCCAAAAAUGUAUAUAUUUACAUAAACUUUUUCAAACAUCAAUUAAAAAGAUUUUAAGAUUUUGA